CUAUUUUAUGUUCGUAAUAAUGGCUGCAUCCAGAGUGUUACAGGCCAGUCGGAUGGGGUCAGUUGUUGUGAUGGCCGGUAUGCCGUUUUUCAACACUACAGUGUAUGCUGUUAGUGACGACAAGUGUCCCAAGCCUAAGACUAAGACCAACACAAUAAAGGUUUCUGAGCUACCGGUGUAUUCAGACAAGGAGGAGGACAAGUGUAAAUUCCUAGAAGAAGACAUUUCUGCGUUUAGGAAUCGAGUGUCGGCCAUCCGUCAGUCAGUGUGGGAGUACUUGGCAACAGUUCAGGAAUCAACAACUAAGUUUCAACAGUCAUAUAAUGAUUACACUACUCGUUUAAUGUGUUACGUGAAGUUUGUUCAAGAAGAUCCGUCAGUGUUGCCAAGAGCUGCUGUGAUAACAAUCGCCGGUCUUGGUGGAUUAGUAGCGGGCUUUACAGGUGGGAAGAUGAGGAAGCUGUUCUUUGCUGCUACUGGCAUGACAGCAGCUGCAGCAUUGUGCUACCCCAAACAAGCAGUUGGGACAAGCACACAAGUAUACGACUUGGUGGUAGAUAAAGUAGUCAAAGCCGCAGACGGAAUUACCGGAACAAAGAAGAAAGGCAGAAUAGCUUCUGCCAAGGAGACAUGCGAUCCAAAUUCAGAUUUAUCAGACCACGGCCAAUCAAAUCCUGAAGAUAAAGAUCUAUACACUACUAGGAAGAAAUAACUGUGGAAUUACUAGGAACAUUUUAAUAUGCAAUAGUAGGAAAAUUACAUUUUGUGAAAGAUUUCCCAACUUUAUCAAACCAGUCUCCAUCACUGGAUCUGUACAAAAUUUGAAAUCUAUGCGAUAAAAGUUAUAGAAAUGAAAAUAUAUUUCAAACAUUAUUUCAUUUUAAUAUUAGUUUGCUUAAGAUAUUUUUCUGUUAUUUUCUUAUAUGGCAGACAACAGUUGAUUAUUUCUGUAUGUGAAUUGGCAAAUAUUUGAUGAAGCAUUGCACACUAAUAAAUAGUAUAUAUAUUUUCUGGUUGUAAUCAGAAUUGAAAGAUAUUAAUGUAUUUGUGGAAGAUGGUUUUUAAGGGUGGAGGACAUAAGUGAUGCUUGUGAAUGUGCCUUUAUUUGGUGUUAAAGAGAAUCAGUCCUUAGAGUUUGGCACAAAAAUAUACAAAUAGGUUCUGUUAUGUAUCUGCUGUUACAUUCAACGGAGGAAGGAAAAACUGCUGUCUCUCCCACCUAGGUUACAGCUGAAAUUUGAAACAUCACUACAAACCUAACGGCUCAAAUGUAUUUUACACUGACUUGCAUAUUGUGGCCAUGGAAAUGUUUGCAGUUUUUUAGAACACUCUCAUUGUUUAGAUGUGCCACUGUAUGUAUAUUUGGUGCCAAAAAACAAUGACCGAUUAGUUUGUGCCACAAGGGAUAUGUAACAAACACUAGAUUGUUGUAAUUAAUGAAACUUGGUUGUUUGUGUUUUUUCUUAUUUUCACCAAAAUGUUAAACAAAUGACAUAAAAACUUAACUUAUUAAAAUUUAAAUGAACCCACAUGUAGGUCCAAGUCAACUAUAAAUGAAGGGUGAAAACUUUUUUUUUCACCUAUAUAAUUAAAAAUGCUAUAUAGAUAGUUGUCAAUGACUUAGAAUUAGAACAAUUGAGUUAUUCACAUCAAUUCUUCAUCACUCUUAAAUACAUGUAAUACCAGCUUUGGUUCUGUUUGCUUUUCAAAAGUCUCAUUUCACUUUCUUACAGAAUAAGUGUGUAUGUGUAAAUAUAUUUUUGUGUAAAUAUAUUGUGUUGAAAAUUGGAA